AUGGGCUACCCGGACACCGCAGAGGGCUUCAUGGUCCACGACCAGAAGAAGUGGACCGAGUUCAAGAAAGAAGAGUUCCCAAUGAAGAAGUUCGAAGACCGGGACAUCGACAUUGCUAUCGACUGUUGCGGUGUCUGUGGCUCUGAUAUUCAUACCAUCACUGGCGGUUGGGGCGACUGCCCACUGCCAAUCUGCGUUGGCCACGAGAUCGUCGGGCGCGCCAUCAAGGUUGGCGAUGGCGUCAAGACUGGCAUCAAGGUUGGAGACCGUGUCGGUGCUGGUGCCCAGAUCGGCGCCGACCUCACCUGCGUCAACUGCAAAGCCGACCAGGAGAAUUACUGCCCGAAUAUGGUCGACACCUACGGGGCAAAGCACAACGACGGCACGGUGGCACAAGGCGGUUUCUCGAGCCAUAUUCGCGUCCAGGAUUACUUCGUCUUCAAAAUCCCAGAUGCGUUGGAUUCAGAUAUUGCCGCGCCGAUGUUGUGUGCUGGCAUCACAACGUACAGCCCGCUGGUGAGAUUGGGUUGCGGACCUGGGAAGAAGGUUGGAAUUAGCGGUCUUGGUGGCCUUGGUCAUUACGCCGUGAUGUGGGCGAAGGCACUUGGAGCGGAAGUCUAUGUCUUGUCGCACACUGCGUCGAAGAAGGAGGAUGCUAUGAAACUUGGUGCUUCGCAUUUCAUCGAUGUUAACCAAAAGGACUGGCAGAAGCCUCUGGCAUUUACUCUAGACUUCAUACUCAAUACUGCGGACGUCAUGAAGGACUUCAACAUGAGCAACUACUUCAGCUGUCUGAAGGUAAUGGGUCGCUUCCACACUGUUGGCCUACCAGAUGCACCACUGCCACAGCUCAUGGCGCAAGACUUUGCUCCGAACGGCUGCUAUCUUGGAGGAUCUCAUCUUGGCAACCGACAAGAGAUGGAAGCCAUGCUUGAGCUUGCCGCCAAGCAGGACAUCUCGUCGUGGAUCGAGAAGAUUCCAAUCAGUGAAGAGGGCUGCAGUAAUGCGGCAAAGAAGGUCAAGGAGAACGAUGUCAGAUAUCGUGUCGUUCUGACUGACUUCGACAAACAAUUCGGCAAGCGAGCUUGA